AUGGCCUGGAGGUGCUCACAUCUGCUGCCCGUCCCUGUGCUGCUGGUGCUCCUGGCCUCGGUUUGUCAUCCAGAUGUCUGGGCAUCCACAGUUAUAUCUGAGGAGCUUCAUGGAAUGGUAGGACAGAGCCUCUCCGUGCAGUGCAAGUACACGUCCAAGGAGGGGCCUUAUGUGCUGAAAACGUGGUGUCGGCAAACAUCCCCAAAUAGAUGUAGGAGAGUGAUCACUACCUCUGAGCCUCGGAAAGCAGUCAGGGAAUUACGGCACACGAUCUGGGAUGAUCCUGAAGCUGGCUUCUUCAACAUCACCAUGACUCAGCUAACAGAGGAGGACUCGGCGUUCUACUGGUGUGGUUUAUUUAGUCCUUCCCUCCAUAAAGUAACCGUUCUCAGAGACAUCAGCCUGGUGGUGUCUCCAGCCUCAUCAACUCUUCCUUCACAGACGAUUGCUUGGCUCCCAGAAAGCAACGCAGCCACCAUCUUUACGUCCUUCUUAGUUCUGACCACCUCUCCUGAGGAGAUCACUGACCCUUCCAUCAAUGGCUCUGAGCACAGAAACCAAAGUUCUUCCUCUCCUGGCUGGACCUCCCCGGGACUUCUGAUCUCUGUGCAAUAUGGCCUCCUCCUGCUGAAGGGCCUGAUGCUGUCAGUUUUCUGUGUGCUCCUUUGCUGGAGGCGUGGCCAGAGUCGUGAGUACGCGGCAGAAACAGAUAUGAUGGAGCUUUCAAAAUUACCUCACAUCUCGAAGUCCUUGGGCAACGUUUAG